UGCAGACUGCUUCUACAAACACUUGUGAAAGAAUGGGUCGCUCUCAGGAGCUCAGUGAAUUAAAGUGUGGUACCAUGAUAAGUUGCCACCUGUGCAAUAAGUCCAUUCAUGAAAUGUCCUUGCUACUAAAUAUACUACAGUCAACUGUUAGUGGUAUUAUAACAAAGUGGUAGAAAUUGGGAACAGCCACAAAGUGGUAGGUCAUGUAAAACGACAGAGCAGGGUCAGCGCAUGCUGAAGCGCACAGUGAGCAGAAGUUGCCAACUGUCUGCAGAUCCCUUAGUUCAAGUAAAGGGAGCUCUUAAGGCAUCAGCAUACCAAGACAUUUUGGGACAAUUUCAUGU